AUGUUAUUACGUGCCAUCAGAUAUUGUUCAACAUCUGAAUCAUAUCUAAAUGAACGUGAAAAAUUAAGAAUGGCGUUAUUACUUAAUAAAUAUCCAAAUAAAAUUAUCAACGAACAAUUCAAUAAUGUAUUAUCAAAAUUUAGGAUUAAUGAACCAUUAACUUCAAUGAAUUAUAAUGGAUCUCGUCAAAAAAUUAUAGAUUCUCCUAUGAAAAAGAAACUACUGGUGAAUUACGAGAAAUCGAUAUUUGUCCACUUUACCUAUUGUUCAAGUAUGAAGACAUUUCCUAUAAAAUUCCAUAGCUUAUGGGAGAAAUACUUUGAUAAAUCUCCAAUUAAUGAAGUUAUCCCCAUACUUGGUACAAGAAAUGUCGAUAAUCUACAAAAACGGUUAAUACAUACAAAGUCUAAAAAUUGA